AUGUUUUCUAAAAAUACAAAACAGUGUAAUAUCUACCAAGACUUCAGUUCAGAGGUUUUCAGAGGUGGGCUAGGCACCCUCCACCCGGACAAUGUCUUCACUGCAGUCCUGCGAAGUUGUACUACCAAGAGCAACGUUGAAUUCGAAUUAGACUGGAGCUGUUUUGGAUAUUGCCAAAAUUAUUUAAUCUAUCCUCAUGAGACUAUCCAAAACACUGAUUCAGUAGACAGCAAUCUUACUUGUAUGCAACAAGGUGACUCACAAGGGACCUUCAAAGCAACUGGGAGAAAUAUUAUUCCAGAAAUCCCUGCUCCACAACAAAACAGCAGGAGAAUCCCAAAGCCUAAAAGCUCUUCGCCUGGGAUGGGCUCUUCUGGUCAAUGAAGUCUAAGACCACAUAAGAGAAGGAAAGAUAUUGAGUACAAGUUCAUUCUUCGCUUGCUUAGAAAGUUUUAUAAAAACUUGUUCAAGCAAGAUCACUCAAGAAUAGUUGCCAGGCGAUUCAUCAACUGUAGGAUCCACGAAGUGUUACCCAAAGUUAGAGCUACAUUGCAAGGGAGGAUCUCUGAAGCUCUAAUCACCGAUCGACUAAUCACAUUUACAAUCGGAAUGAUUGGGCUCAAGAAACCGACAGACCUUGACUGUUCGGACAGUCUGAAAUCUGAAGUUGCCAACUUUUUGGAAUGCUUAAGGAGUUUUUCCCACGAUAAAAUCCAAAAGGCUCUACAUUCAACAAGUCUCAGGGUCCUGUGCGAGUACUUCUUAGACAACUGUGACUGCCCACAGACUUCAUAUCUCAGAGAGGACUUGUCUCAAGCAGGUGAUUAAGGUUCAGCCAGACCUGUGAGUCAGCCCUUGCUAGAACAAUUAAGCUUAAAACUUUCUCAAUAAAAAAAACAG